AUGUCUCUUGGGCCCCUCCAGUCCAAAAUCCACGAAGAGAAAAGAACGAAGCACAACGCAACAACAACGAUGAGAAUCACGUUGGAGCCGAGCUCGGAGCCAAGCCCAAGCCGCUCCCAAACUCCUAAAGACGAAGUCGAGUGGGUCCCACUUCCCAAGCACCCUCUCUUCACCGCACACGGCGGUGCCACCGCCGCCUCUGCUUCUCGGAACCUUCUUGCCUGGGACGGAGCCUCGCGCCUAUACUUCUGGGACACAAACAGCCGUUGCCUCCACCGCCUCUCUCUCCGACUUGGCGACCCCGAUCCCUCUUCCGUCCUUGCCUCCUCUCCCUCUAAGGUCUCUCUCUCUCUGCAUUUGGUUUUUCGGGCAAACAGAAUCCAAUGCUAUGCUAAUUCGUUUCCGAAUUUGAAACAGGUGUUGCAAGCGGACGCGGUGCUCGAUUUCGACGUCCACAAAAUCUCCAUCAACAGAAACGGAACAGCAAUUCUCCUUUUCGGUUCUGAAACGCUCUCUGUUAUGUACCUUUACGGACGCACCUCUAAGAAAGACGAGAACUUGAUUUGCAGGACUAUUACUGUUGGUUCUCAGACCUAUUCCACUGGUGGCAAUGAUAUUCGGGUUUUACAAGCAUUAUGGCACCCUUACAGCGAUACACAUUUGGGAAUUCUUUCGUCUGACUCAGUUUUCCGAAUUUUCAACCUGUCCAUGGAUCCUUUGCAACCAGAGCAAGAAUAUUAUUUACAGCCUGUUGAGCCUGGUAGAUCUAGAAAUGCCUCAUCAGUGUGCCCAGUUGAUUUUUCUUUUGGGGGAGACCACUUAUGGGACAGGUUUAGUGUUUUUAUUUUGUUCAGUAAUGGGGCUAUUUAUGUACUUUGCCCUGUUGUUCCAUUUGGCAGUCUCUUCAAAUGUGAGUCUUUGGUAGAAAUAUACAAUGAUGCUCACACAUUUGGAAUAAUGUCAGCCAACUCUGUUGCUGCGAGUAAUUCAAAGUUGGCAAUCUCCUGGUUAGAAGCAGCAUUUCCUGAGUUACAAAAUCAAGAAACUGAAGGAGACAGCCUGUCUUUGCUAAGAGCUCAUGCUUAUGCUUUAUUUGACGCAUCUCUUGUCUUGCAGGGACCUCUGCGAAGAGUAGGUCAGGAUGGAAAUGAAGAUUCAGUUGGUUGUAGUGCAGAAUGUGAAGGUCGUGCAGUUAGUUUUCUCUACAAUUUAGUCAGCAAAGACUCUAUUUUGGUGACUGCCUGGAGUGGUGGGCAAUUGCAGAUAGAUGCACUAGCAGAUGAGAUCCAACCUGUCUGGUGUGUUGGCAGUCCACCUCGUCUUCGUGUUGAUUCCCAUGACCAUAUUCUUGGCCUUGCUAUGAUUUGUGAGUCAAUUAACAGCAGCAGUCUGUGGAAGCCUGAUCGCAAUGCCUGGUUGGGUAACCCACCUCCUUUGCUGAGACUGGCUAUUGUUGAUCUGGCUCUGCCGCAAAGAGCAGAAAGUGGUUAUAAUAUUUCAUUGUUCAUUGAUAUGCUUAUGCCAGAAAGGAUAUAUUCCCUUCAUGAUGGAGGGGUUGACUCAAUAGUUUUACAUUUUCUUCCAUUUACAAGUCAGUCAAAUGGCAAGGAUGAUACAACGAAAACACCGUCUGUACACUCUGUAGUAAAUACUUGCCAGAGUGGAAACACCUCAGAACCCUCACUUUGUGGCUUUGUGUCAUUAUCAGAUUCAUUUGGAUAUUCAUGGAUUGUAGCUAUUACACUUUCUCUCGAGUGUGUUGUGCUUGAAAUGAAAAGUUGGAAUCUCUUGCUUCCAGUAAGCAUUGAUAUGGAGAAACCCAUUUCAUCAGAGGGGGAAUUAAAAGAGAGAGAUAUACCUUCAAUAAUUAGCAAAGAACUACUUGGUGGACCAAAGGAGGUACUUGUUCCCCAUGCCUCUCCAAGUUUGCGUUCUGUUGCAGCUGAUUCAAUUGAAGGUCGAUCAACACUACAUCAGUAUUUCAAGCUGUUUCAUGAAACUUAUGUGGAGUAUGGACACAAGGUGUACCUGGAGCUCAAGCAUCACGCACCUCAGUUGAAGAAAAUCAUUAAUGACCAACAUUCUCGUUUAGGUGAUGCACAACAGAAAAUUUUGAAAGUUGAGGAGAAAGAGGCUAUAUUACAGAAAAGGUUAGAUCAUGCUAUUCAAAUGCACAAUUCUUUGGAAGAGCGCUUGCAACAAUUAAGGAACUUACCUUGUGCUCACAAAAAACCACUGUCCAGAGCAGAGCGGCAGUUUAAAUCUGAGCUUGACCGCUUUAAGGAAGUUGAAUUGGAUGCGUUGCAUUCUUCUGUUGAUGCGCUAAGUGCAAGGUUGAGAAGGCACUUGCAAGCAUCGAAAGCUAAUCAACAACAUAAAACACCAGGGAAGAAAAUUCAUGCUGGUGACAAUCGGAUAUCCAUGCUCAAAUCAUCGCUUGAAAAACUUUCACUUGUAAAUACUGAAAAUUCGAAGAAAGUGAAACUCGUGGAGUCUACAUUGAGAAACAACGAAAGAAGCAGCAGUAGAGAAUCAAGGCCUCCUUUGCUCUAA